AUGAAUAAUUGCUUUGAGGCCUAUUAUAAGAAGGGCAAUAUAGCACUUCCUCUAAUCCGUAAGCCUCCUCCAUAUCUCUCUUACCUCUUUAUGGGUAAUAACCCCUUUUGCCAGGCCUUCCGGACAAAUAUCCGGGUAUAUAAUUAUGCUUUUGCCUUUAUAUUAAUUAGCUAUAAGAAGGACGCCCGGAUUAACUUCUUCUAUAGGAUCUAG